AUCUGUAUUGUAUUCGUAUCGGAUACUCUACUGCUCCUCUUCACAGAAACAAUUCCGUAAAAAAAAUGGACUUCCUUUCUAUCAUCACCACCUUCAUAGCAACUGCUCUUCUGCUCCUCUUCCUAGCCUUCUCAAAUCUCAUAAUAAAAAUCUUCAUUGGGAAAUCAAUCAGAAACCCGGAGUACCCACCGGUGGCCGGAACCGUGCUUUCUGAGCUCUUCCACUUCAACAGACUUUAUGACUUCCAGACACAAAUUGCCAAAACACGUCCUACUUUCCGGCUCCUCGCGCCAGACCAGAGCGAUAUCUACACGACCGAUUCGCGAAACAUCGAGCACAUACUUAAAACCAAGUUUGAAAAGUACACCAAAGGUAAGGAGAAUCAAGACGUAGUGGGUGACUUGUUUGGACAAGGGAUAUUUGUUGUUGACGGUGAAAAGUGGAGGCGGCAGAGGAAGGUUGCAAGCUUUGAGUUCUCUGCUCGGGUUUUGAGAGAUUUCAGUUGUGCAGUUUUCAGGAAAAAUGCUGCCAAUUUGGUUACAACUGUUUCUGAGUUUUCGGUGGCCAACAGGGUUUUUGAUAUACAAGAUUUGCUAAUGAGAUGCACUCUGGACUCCAUCUUCAAAGUUGGAUUUGGAGUGGAUUUGAAUUGCCUACAAGGGUCAAGCAAAGAGGGAACUGCGUUUAUCAAAGCCUUUGAUGAUUCAACGGAACUUACAUAUUGGCGCUAUGUCAAUCCAUUUUGGAAGUUGAACAGGUUCUUUAACAUCGGUACUGAAGCUUCCCUUAAGAAGAACAUCAAAUUGAUCAAUGAUUUUGUCCACGGUUUGAUCAGUACUAAGAGGAAACAGCUUGCAGUGCAUCAGGACAGUAAUGACAAGGAGGAUAUACUUUCAAGAUUUCUGGUGGAGAGCAUGAAGGAUCCAGAGGGGAUGAAUGACAAAUAUCUGAGGGAUAUAAUUCUGAACUUCAUGAUCGCCGGCAAAGAUACCUCUGCAACCACUCUUUCAUGGUUCUUCUACAUGCUAUGCAAGAAUCCAUUGGUACAGGAAAAAAUUGCACAAGAAGUGAAAGAAGUUACUAGCAGUCAAGGGGAUGAAGGUAGAAUUGAUGACGUCGUCGCAAAUAUCAGCCAUGAAGUACUUGAGCAAAUGCAUUACCUUCACUCAGCAUUGACUGAGACCUUGAGGCUUUUUCCUGCAGUCCCCGUGGAUGGGAGGUGUGCAGAAACAGAUGACAUUCUUCCCGAUGGCUUUAAGCUGAAAAAGGGAGACGGGGUGUACUACCUGGCCUAUGCAAUGGGCAGAAUGCCUUACAUUUGGGGAGAUGAUGCCGAGGAUUUCAGACCAGAAAGAUGGCUCAACAACGGGAUUUUCCAACCCGAAUCACCCUUCAAAUUUACUGCAUUCCAUGGAGGUCCUAGGAUCUGCUUGGGGAAGGACUUCGCUUAUCGCCAAAUGAAGAUUGUAUCAAUGGCACUUCUUAGAUUCUUCCGGUUCAAGUUAGCCGAUGAAACGAAAAAAGUCACUUAUAGAACCAUGUUUACACUGCAUAUUAAGGGAGGUCUUCAUCUCUGUGCAUUCCCAAGAGCAGGUUUCAAUAAUACCGAAUUGUAACAAGUUUAUAGCUGUUUUCUUGGAUUCAUUGUGGUGAUUUAUGGACAAACAGGAGGGAUCAAGGCUGAACCACAGUUCAAUGAAAUAGAACAAGGCCUAUCCAUGAAUAAAUGGACUUGAUUAUGAGCAUCCUAGUUUGGAAUUUUU